AUGAUCGGACUCGCUCUUUCUACUGACAGUCAGUCACGUCUUCCAAUUCCAUCGCUUGUCGAUUUCCCUCCUGAAAGAAUCAGAAAUUUCAGUAUUAUCGCUCAUAUAGAUCAUGGAAAAAGCACAUUGGCAGAUAGAUUACUGGAACUUUCGGGAACCAUUUCUGCUGCAGAUUCAAACAAGCAGGUUUUGGAUAAGCUCAAGGUUGAGAGAAAUCGUGGAAUUACCAUCAAAGCACAAACGGCAUCCAUGUUUUAUACAUACAAGAAUGAAGUUUAUCUCUUGAAUCUCAUUGAUACUCCAGGACACGUUGAUUUUAGUUAUGAAGUGUCACGAUCUCUUGCUGCAUGUCAGGGAACGCUUUUACUGGUGGAUGCCAGUCAGGGUAUUCAAGCCCAAACCAUUGCCAACUUUUACUUGGCAUUUGGGGAAGAUCUUGUCAUUCUUCCUGUUCUCAACAAGGCAUGCUUUAUUGAUUCCAUUAUGCUAAUAAUUGAUCUUCCUACUGCAGAUCCUGAGCGAAUUGCAAAUCAGAUUGAAUCUACGUUUGAAUUGGAUACAUCUCUUACUCGUCAUAUUUCAGCAAAAACUGGAAAGGGAGUGCCAGAUCUGUUUGUUGAUGUCAUUGAGCGCAUUCCGCAUCCAACUGGAGAUGUGAAUAAGCCUUUUAAAGCACUCUUGUUUGAUACUUGGUACGAUCAAUAUGCAGGAGUUGUGUGUCUGAUUGCAGUGCGUGAUGGCUCAGUCAAAAAAGGAGAUCGAAUUACGUCUGCCCACACCAAAUUCCAUCAUGAUGUUACUGAUGUGGGAAUCAUGUAUCCCAACCCAACAUCAACCGAUCAGCUGUCGGCAGGUCAUGUAGGAUACAUCACCAUGAAUAUGAAAACCACCCACGAUGCUCAUAUUGGUGAUACAUUUUACCAUGGCCAUGCACCGACUGACAUUUUCAAAGGAUUUCAUCCAGCACAGAGUAUGGUUUUUGCCGGUCUCUAUCCAGUCGAUACAAACGACUAUACAAAACUGGCUGAAUCAAUCGAUCGAUUGACUCUGAAUGAUGCAUCGGUGACCGUGGCAAAAGAAACCAGUACAUCAUUGGGUCAGGGAUUUCGACUUGGAUUUCUAGGAACAUUGCAUAUGGAUGUAUUUCGUGAACGAUUAGAGGAAGAACACGGAAGCUCUGUGAUCAAUACGGCACCUACAGUACCAUAUAUCAUUCGAAAUAAGGAUGGAACCGAGACUCGUGUUCAAAAUCCAGCAGAUUUUCCAACAAACGAUCAAAUGGCAAAAGUUGAUGCGUUAUUAGAGCCCAUGAUUAUUGGAACAUUAGUAUUUCCCUCUGAAUAUGUUGGAAAACUGGUUGAGCUAUGCACGAGUCAUCGAGGCACACAAGUUGAAUAUAAUUUUAUUGAUGAUACACGGGUGAUGAUCAAAUACCGUCUUCCAAUGUCAGAAAUCCUUUCACAGUUUUACGAUAAACUCAAAUCUAUUUCAUCUGGAUACGCAAGCUUUGAUUAUGAGGAUGCAGGAUAUGACAAGGCAGAUUUGGUCAAGGUGAGUAUUUUACUCAAUUCCAAGCCAGUUGAUGCACUUGCGACGAUUGUGCACCGAUCACAGGCAGAACAUGUUGCUAAAGACUGGGUGCGACGACUCAAGAAUAUUUUAAAAAAACAAUUGUUUGAGAUUGUCAUUCAGUCAUCUGCGAAUGGUAAGAUUAUAGCACGAGAAACCAUUACAGCGGCACGUAAAGAUGUGACAGCCAAAUGUUACGGAGGAGAUAUCACACGCAAGAUGAAGUUGUUGGAUAAGCAAAAGGAAGGCAAGAAACGUAUGAAGACUGUAGCGGGCGGAGUGGAGUUACCACAAGAAGCGUUUCUAACACUCAUGAAAGGAGAUGACAACAAUCAAGGGAAGAAGAGAAGAUAG